AGCUGGAGCCCUGCUUGCCGGUCUUCCCCGAGGAGCCCUCGGGCAUGUGGACGGUGCUCUUCGGGGCGCCGGAGCUGUCCGAGCAGGAGAUGGACGCCCUGUGCUACCAGCUGCAGGUUUACCUGGGCCACUGCCUGGACACCUGCGGGUGGAAGAUCCUCUCCCAGGUGCUCUUCACCGAGACGGAUGACCCGGAGGAAUAUUACGAGAGCCUGAGCGAACUGCGGCAGAAGGGCUACGAGGAGGUGCUGCAGCGGGCCCGCAAGCGCAUUCAGGAGCUCCUGGAAAAACAUAAGAAUACAGAAAGCAUGGUAGAGCUGCUUGAGUUGUAUCAAAUGGAAGAUGAAGCAUAUAGUAGCCUUGCUGAAGCCACCACAGAACUCUAUCAGUACUUACUGCAGCCAUUUCGAGAUAUGAGGGAACUUGCAAUGCUCAGGCGACAGCAAAUAAAGAUUUCCAUAGAGAAUGAUUACUUAGGACCAAGAAGAAUUGAGAGUCUACAAAAAGAAGAUGCAGAUUGGCAGCGGAAGGCCCAUAUGGCUGUACUUUCUAUUCAAGACCUUACUGUGAAGUACUUCGAAAUAACAGCUAAAGCACAGAAAGCUGUAUAUGACCGAAUGCGAGCAGACCAGAAAAAGUUUGGCAAGGCUGCAUGGGCAGCAGCAGUGGAACGGAUGGAGAAACUUCAAUAUGCAGUUUCUAAGGAGACUCUGCAGCUGAUGAGAGCAAAAGAAAUCAGUUUGGAACAGAAGAAACAUGCAUUGAAAGAAGAGAUGCAGAGUUUACAAGGUGGCACAGAAGCCAUUGCACAUUUGGACCAACUAGAAGCAGAUUAUUAUGACCUGCAACUUCAGUUAUAUGAAGUGCAGUUUGAAAUCUUGAAGUGUGAAGAACUGCUGCUGACGGCUCAACUUGAAAGUAUCAAAAGACUUAUUUCAGAGAAAAGAGAUGAAGUAGUAUAUUACGAUACAUAUGAAAGUAUGGAGGCUAUGCUUGAAAAGGAAGAUAUGGCAACAUCUAUACACUUGCAAAGAGAAGAAUUACAGAAAUUGCAACAGAAAGUUCGGCAGCUAGAAGCAAGGCGUGGGCGAAUUUCAGCCAAGAAAGCCUACCUCAGAAACAAAAAGGAAAUCUGCAUUGCAAAACAUAAUGAAAAAUUCCUGGAGCACCUUCAAAGUGAAGAGCAGUCAAGUGCCCAUCAUGCUGGGAAGUUUAAGAGAGAGCGUUUGCAAGAUGAGGAAGAAAGAAAAAGCUCAUGGGUUAGUCAAGAACGGCAGAAAACACUGGAUAGACUUCGAACAUUUAAGCAGCGUUACCCUGGUCAGGUAAUACUCAAAUCAACCAGACUCCGACCGGCCCACUCAAGAAGAAGAAGUACAGCCAGUUCGAUAUCUUGUGCUGAUCAUCCCCUGUCUUUACCAGUAACCACACAGACUGAUGAGAGACCCCAAGAAGUGGGGCCAGAAAAAGUAACCCAACCCUUACAAAUCCAUGAGCCUAAGAAUUUAGGAGAAUCUGAAAAUACUUCUUUACCUCCCUGUGGCGUUACCUCUGAAUUUUCUCAAACUAUAUCUCUUCCGGCUGAACUUAACCCAGAUAUAAUCAGCGAGGCACCACUUCCUCCUCCGCUGCCGCCGCCACCACCACCACCUUUGCCCACCAAGGAACAAUCUACUCAAUGCUCUGAAAAAAGCAGUAGCCCUGUUAAACAGGACAGCAUGGAGAAGCCAACCCUAAUGAGCACCAUUGCACCAUCAGCUCAUUUCUUUGAUAGCAGUCAGUUAGUCAGUGCCAAGAAGAAGCUAAAGAAGACUGGUGAUUUAGAAGGACUACAGAGGAGAAGAGUGAGUUCACCAAUGGAUGAGGUAUUGGCUUCUUUGAAGCGUGGAAGCUUCCACCUGAGGAAGGUUGAGCAGAGAAACCUUCCUCCUUACCCAGAUGAAGAUGACAGCAAUAACAUCCUAGCACAGAUAAGAAAAGGGGUGAAACUGAAGAAGGUGCAAAAGGAUCUGAUGCGGGAGUCAUUCACAAUUCUGCCUGACGAUGAUCCUUUGACGCGCAGCAUCCAUGAAGCGCUACGGCGAAUUAAGGAGGCAUCACCAGAGUCUGAAGACGAGGAGGAAAAUCUCCCUUGUACGGACUGGGAAAAUUAAGCAAAUGCAAAGGUAUUCACACUGGCAGCAGAGCCAUCCACAUUGGAGUUUCAUGCAAGCCUCCUUUGGCCAGCUACCAUUUUCCCUAUACUUUUCCUUGAUGCCGGUGGGACUGUCAAAAUUGUGGACCUUCCCAUACUACCACACAAGUUGAAACCCCAGCACCUUUGUUUCUUAAAAAUUAAGCACUGGUCCCACCAGCAAA